AUGUGCAAUAGGCACGCAAUACGUGCUAACGUAAACAAGGCAAGUAAACAAGCGAAGCGAGACGAAUGUCUGCCAUGCGAAGGUCUUGUACAAGGUAAGAGGCAUGUAGCAAAGAAAGCUCCGCAAGCACACGGCACUUUAUCGCACUUUUACGAUCUCAAAAGUUAAUCUGAAUCUUCAGUAUUUUUGCCUCAUGGAAAUUUGGAAGUCUGAAGUCCAGGGAUGAAAUCUAUCAGAAAUAUUUGGAAUAUUAACCUCGGUUUAUCACAAGCAACGAACCUUGAAACACAGAAACUCAGAAAACGGAUCGAAAUCCACCAAUCACAAAUCACAAACAAUGACCUUUUGAACCCGUUGAUGUAAACUUUCGUUUCCUAAGAGGUCUACUAAGAUGAUUGGCGUCUGACAUUUUUUUGACGAGAGGAUCGAAAUGCACCAAUCAUAGAAAGACAGUUUUAAUUGCACGUUUCCUAAGAGGUCAUCUUAAUUUGCUGUUUUCAUUAUUUUAUGUCCAUUUUCUUUUGUUUAUUUUGUAAUUGGUCAAUUUUGUUAGGUCGAGUGGAUAAUCCAAUGAGGGACGAUUUGGAUAUCGUUUGAUCCGAAAUUUUUCAAAGCAGCGGUAAGAAACAAUUUCGAUAACAUUUGGCCGCGGUGUUUCGAGGAGCGUGUUAAUAUAUUGUUCAAUUAUGUUAUCCCGGGUUACAAUUACAAAUGCACACACUGUUCGCCGUAGGCCCACACUAAAAAAUAACACUGAGUGUUUUCGAAAUGGGCUGGUCCGCGAACUCAAAGAAAAACAAAGGAAAUUAUCAAGACAUUCAAGGACAUCAAAGACUCAUGGACCCCAUAGACGCAAUGACAAAUCGGAAUAUCGGGCGUGUACGUGUAAAAUGGAUAAGAGUUUGAACAGAGGAAUGUUUGAGCGUCACAAGAUUUGUGUAGCUGGUUAUAAGUGUGACAAUAGUGAUUUUGAUUUUUGCAUUGCGGAACACGACGAGUUGCCUGUGAUAAAAAUCUGUUCCGAUGAAGGAAAAGACGAUUGUCAACAAUUGAAACCAAAAGGGACUGAGGCUUCUUUUGGAACUACUGUGAUAACUGCAACAAUUCUUUCUAUUAUUUCAAUUUUGUUUAGCAGGGUGAGGGUUAAUGUACUUGUUUUUGUAUUCCGUGUUGUGUUUUUUCAUCUAAUUGUGUACAUUGUGACGCGGUACAUGUACGAUGCUGUGCGUCGGGGUUUUGCAUUAUCAGCAAGUUUUGUGUUAGAGUAUUUUGAUGGCAGCGAGGUGACGACAAGAGAAGGUAAUGAACUAGUUGUACAGAAGGAAAAUUGUGUUGUGUUGUGGAGGAAAUAAAAGAAGUUGAAUUGAGAUCUCGUCUUGGGAAAUUUAUUUAUAACAGAACUUAAAAUUCCAUUUUUUUAAAUCAGGUUAGUCAUUUCUCUCAACGCAGUCAUGCACCUAGCAGACUACCGAUGAACAAAAACACGGAAAGUGACACCUUUUUGUUUGGAAGAGUAUUCGGAAAAACACACAAUUGUCGUCUGAAAUUCAUCGUUACGUUAAAAAUAAAAAAGGUUUACACUUAAACAGGUACAGAAGUUAUUCUAACAGUGUGAGGUUUUUACUUAAAGGGCAACUCCAAAACUAGUUCGUAAACGAGGGAAGGUGUAUCUGUCGUCCAAGCAUCAAAGCACAGGCGAUUUAGGUGGAAUGAGAUAUCGAAAUAGGCUUUUAAGUAAGAAUUUGCCCCUCUGUACAUGCAAUUAUCCAUUUUAUAGUGCUUACAACAGUUUGAAUCACCGGGUUAAUUUUGGCCAAUUUAAGCUUUGUACUGAUAUAGAGAAGAAUCCAGGACCUUCAGUUUAUGUAGAUGCUACAAAAACAAUUCAUGCUCCAUACUGUCAAGGAAAUGUUACAGUAUUUGGGGAAAACGCUGGACAACAAUGCGUCGCAAUGAGUCUGUGCGCUUUAAUUUAA